AUGCAACCAUCCUUACGCAAACACCUAAACAGUGAAAUUGGGCUUAGAGCAAUUAAACUACUUCAAUUCAAAUGCAAUGCAUGCAUCCUUUAUGUAGAAAAGAUACUUGAUGCAUUGGCAGAACAAUGGAUAACAGUGCAAGAAUUAUCUUCUAUACCGGAAAAUUUAAAUGGCCUUUAUGGUUGGCUAUGCCAAAGAGUAUUUUCUGAUAGAAUGAUGAAAUCAUCGCAUGGACUCAGGCAGCUUGAGUGCAAUGUCAGCUUUACUGAUGUUCGUCCCAUUUUUAACAUGAUUUUGGCAUCUCCCUGGCCUCUCACCUGUACUGAAUUAUAUUCUGCCUUAAAUUAUUAUGAACCUAGUCUUUCAAAAAAACAUUUUUUUGAGCGGAUCGACAUUUUAAGCAAAUUGUUCUUUUUAAAUUUAUGCUCAAAUUACAAAGAUAAUGGAUCUCAUGAUGUUUUGAUACUUCACCAAAGUUUUGCAGAUUGGCUUCUUGAUGUUAAAUAUUGCACACAAUCUUAUCUCUGCUCGAUCCCAGAGGGCCACGCCAUCUUAGCGUUCUCAAUGCAGCGUAACAUAAGUAAGGCUACUAAGCCUGAAGAUGUAAGAAAGUUUGCUUAUCAUGUUGCUCAAAGUCGAAAUGCACUUCCGAAUCUGAGAUCACAUCAUAUUCUACUUUGGCUUCUACAUAGUGGCGCAAAUAUAUCUUUUCUUCCUCCAUUGCCAAUAUCUCUGGAGAAGCCAAUCAAAAAUAAUUCAAAGAAUGCUGAUAAUGCUAUUGAUGAUCAUCCUAUAAAACUUUAUUCCAGCCCAAAACACAUUGUUGAACAGGAAAAAUCGAAUAGUAUGUCCCUUGAAAAUAUAAAUGUUGCUUCUGAAAAUACUUCAAAUCUCAUAACUAAGCAUUUGGGGGGCCUCAAUAAUGAGAUAACCCUAUCUAAAGAUCUAAAUAAUGAAUUUCAAAUUGGGCUGGAUUUUGAUGCUACACAACUCCUAAUUUUAUCUGCUCGUAAAGGCUCUAGAGAUGUUGUUAAAGAACUCCUUUCAAGGAACGCCGAUUCAAAUGGUAUUGAUUCAGAGGGAUGGUCGGCUCUGCGUUCUGCUUCAUGGGCUGGACAUUGUGGUGAGUUCCUUAGGAAAAGGUUAAGGCUUUGCUGA